AUGGCGGAGGAACUUUCGGCCCCGCCUGUGCUCUCUACCCCCGAUGCACAUAUCUUAGAGGAGACACUUCCGGAGGCUGCUCGGUAUCCGCCAGAGGCCUUGUCCGACGAGCAGAUCAAAACUAGAUAUGAAAUCAGAAGGACAAUCAACGAGAUCAAGCAGCGAAGAUGGAAGCGAGUCGCCCUGCAAUUUCCCGACCAAAUGCUCCCCCAUUCAGCAAGAGUCUACCAACUUCUGGCCAGGGGGUUGCAAGAGCAAGCAAAGACGCCGGCUGUAGCGGACACGAAUGGCACAGAAAAUGGGAUUCCAGGUUCGGUGGAUUCUGAUUUGUCUGGUCUUUCCAUCGAGGACACGAAGUCAGUUAUGCUCACCAUACUGGGCGACACCUCCUAUGGCUCCUGCUGUGUGGAUGAGAUUGCUGCUGAGCACGUCGACGCAGACGCGGUCGUCCACUAUGGCAGAGCAUGUUUAUCACCAACUUCGAGACUACCUGUAUUGCACAUUUUUACUACGAUGGACCUGGAACUGGACAAUGUGGUCAAGUCUUUUCAAACGGCAUUCCCAGAUCUCGGUGCAAAGGUGGUGCUAACAGCUGACGUCCCUUAUGCUGCGCAUGUACUGCCCCUCUCCCAGCUGCUGCAAAAUGUGGGUUACUCGAAUUUGUUUGCUGCUUCGAUUGUCCACAAUCCGUCUUCAUCGAUUCCGAAUCGGACAGUUCCCCUUUCAGUCACGGAGGACCCUUCAUCUUUGUCAGAAUGGAAUCUUUUUCACAUCUCCGAUCCACCUACAUCCCUGCUGUUGACACUCCAAUCCCGUAUGGCCAGCAUAAGAGUCUAUCCUACUGGCAGCCCUCACCACCUAUCAAAUUCUACGACUAGUUCGUCCGUCCUGGAGACAUCUACGGCUCAACUCCUCCGCCGGCGCUACGCCCUCGUCACGUCUCUCACCACCGUUCCAAUUUGGGGAAUUCUGGUGAACACACUGUCUGUCAAGAACUACCUGACGAUUCUGUCCCACAUCCAGACGUUAAUCUCUAACGUGGGUAAAAAGUCGUACCUCUUUGUUGUAGGGAAGCUCAACCCUGCAAAACUGGCAAACUUCUCAGAAAUUGGUGGGUGGGUGGUGAUUGGAUGCUGGGAGAGUUCUUUGAUCGACAGCAAGGAGUUCUACAAACCGAUCAUCACUCCGUUUGAGUUGGAAAUGGUUUUGCAGGGAGAUGAUCAAAGAGUAUGGACGGGGCAAUGGCGGGGAGAUUUUCAGGGAGUGUUAGAGGAUGCGGAGAGACGGAAGGAGAAUGAACAUGGACAAAUUGGAACGUCGAAUGGUCACGCUGGUUCGAACGAGAACCUCGAAGGCGACAUUGAUCCAGAGUCAGAGUCAGAGUCUGAAUCUGAACCGCCCGAGUUUGACCUCCGGACGGGCAGAUACGUCUCCCGUACACGGCCAAUGCAGAGAUCUCGACAGCCCAUUGCGCCCAUGUCUACACCGGACUCCCAUCUCAAUGGUGUGUCGCGAUCUUCAACUGCACUGACCAAACGAUCAAACGGCACCAUGAUUGCCGUAGGCAGUGUCGCUUCCCCUGCCGCUGAAUACCUUGCACAAAACCGCUCUUGGCGCGGCUUGGGGAGCGAUUUCGAGGUCAAAUACGAGGAAGAUGAAGCAGAGCUGGGUAGUGUCAUCGAGGAAGGAAGGACAGGUGUUGCAAGAGGAUACACGGUUGGAGAAGAGAGUAAGAGAAGUUGA